CGGCGCGGUGAAGGUGAGAGUCUCCUCCAGCGCCGCGGCCGCGGGGACCGAGCGGCUCCAGACGCCGAGGGGGCCGGCUGCCCGAGCGCUCCGGCCAUGGCGCCUCCGUCCGUGUUCGCCGAGGUGCCGCAGGCCCAGCCGGUGCUGGUCUUCAAGCUCACUGCCGACUUCCGGGAGGAUCCGGACCCGCGCAAGGUCAACCUGGGAGUGGGAGCUUAUCGCACAGACGAUUGCCAGCCCUGGGUUUUGCCAGUUGUGAGGAAGGUGGAGCAGAAGAUUGCCAAUGACAAUAGCCUAAACCACGAGUACCUGCCUAUCCUUGGCCUAGUGGAGUUCCGGACCUGUGCUUCCCGCCUUGCCCUUGGGGAUGACAGCCCAGCUCUCCAGGAGAAGCGGGUUGGAGGUGUGCAGUCUUUGGGGGGAACAGGUGCACUUCGAAUCGGAGCCGAGUUCUUAGCACGAUGGUACAAUGGAACAAACAACAAAGACACGCCUGUCUAUGUGUCCUCACCAACCUGGGAGAAUCAUAAUGGUGUGUUUUCCGCCGCUGGGUUUAAAGACAUCCGGUCCUAUCGCUAUUGGGAUGAAGCGAAAAGAGGACUUGAUCUCCAGGGUUUCCUGAAUGAUCUGGAGAAUGCCCCCGAGUUCUCCAUCUUUGUCCUCCAUGCUUGUGCACACAACCCAACUGGGACUGACCCAACUCCGGAGCAGUGGAAGCAGAUCGCCUCUGUCAUGAAGCGCCGGUUUCUGUUCCCCUUCUUUGACUCAGCCUAUCAGGGCUUUGCAUCUGGAGACCUAGAGAAGGACGCCUGGGCUGUUCGCUAUUUUGUGUCUGAAGGAUUUGAGCUCUUCUGUGCUCAGUCCUUCUCCAAGAACUUUGGACUCUACAAUGAGCGUGUGGGCAAUCUGACCGUGGUUGCCAAAGAUCCCGAUAGCAUCCUGCGGGUCCUUUCCCAGAUGGAGAAGAUUGUUCGAAUUACUUGGUCCAACCCCCCUGCUCAGGGAGCGCGGAUUGUGGCCUCUACCCUCUCUAACCCUGAGCUCUUUAAGGAAUGGACAGGUAAUGUGAAGACAAUGGCUGACCGGAUUCUGACCAUGAGAUCUAAACUUAGGGAACGCUUAGAAGCCCUCAAGACUCCUGGAACCUGGAACCACAUCACGGAGCAAAUUGGAAUGUUCAGCUUCACCGGGUUGAACCCCAAGCAGGUUGAAUAUCUGGUCAACGAAAAGCACAUCUAUUUGCUGCCAAGCGGUCGGAUCAACAUGUGUGGCUUGACCACUAAAAAUCUAGAGUAUGUGGCCACCUCCAUCCAUGAGGCUGUCACCAAGAUCCAGUGAAGAAAUACCACCCGAACCAGCACCACCAAAGCGGCCCUCUGUCAUGUGUGUUCCCUGCCUGCACAAGCCUCGCUGUGUGUAUCACGGAAAGAGACUACGGAGGACUAGAACGCUGCUCUGGCGAGGUGGCCUCUGUUCAAGCUGGCCCCCUACAAGAAGAACAUCCCUCGUAAAGAAACGGGCCUGGGAUCAGAGCCCCUUAGGAGGCCAGAGCAAAUGAAGGUUUUUAUUUAAGAAUAAAAAGGACUUUGAUCAUGAGACCUAGAUAUCUCGCUCCCUCACUAGAAGCCGGAAUGCUGCCUCUCUUGCUCAUAUGCUUUUGUGUAUCGCUUGACUCUGCACAAAAUCUUGCCUCAAAGAUCAAGUUGUCUGAAGAGCCAACUGUGAUUGUGAGUGUUGGCUGUGUCAUUAAAACUUGUCAUCUCUA